AUGUCGGGGAGGCCAGUGCAUGUGGUGGGUGGUUACGUGACGGAGGCUCGCGCAGUGGCUGAUGGUGACCGUAGUGAGUUGCGGCGAGUGAUGGAGGAACCUUGGGAGAGUGAUGGUGGGCGCGAUUUGGAUUACUAUUUCAAUUCGUACAGUCACUUGGCGAUCCAUGAGGAGAUGCUGAAGGACCGUGUAAGGACGAGUAGUUACUACAAUGCGAUUACGAAUAACAGUCAUGUAUUUAAGGACAAGGUGGUAUUGGACGUAGGUGCGGGUACGGGCGUUUUGUCGAUGUUUGCGGCGAAGGCGGGUGCGAAGCACGUGUAUGCAGUGGAGUAUAGUGACGUGGCGGAGUUGGCUCGACGAUUGGUGAAGGCCAACGGGUUGGAGGAGCGAGUGACAGUGUUGCAAAUGAAGGCGGAGGAUUUACAGCUGGAGCCGGGUAGUGUGGACAUUAUCGUGUCGGAGUGGAUGGGCUACUUUUUGUUGUACGAAUCGAUGCUGGAUUGCGUGUUGGAUUGUCGUGACAAGUUUCUAAAGCGUGACGGUCUAAUGCUCCCCGACAAGGCACGCAUGUUCAUUGCGGGCCUAGAAGACGGUGAUUUCCGGAGUGAAAAGUUCGAGUUCUGGAAUAACGUCUAUGGCCUCGACUAUUCCGCCGUGCAAGAACGUGUGCUCCAAGAGCCGCUAAUUGAUACCGUGAAUGCUGAUAACGUUGUCACAGACGCAUGCUGUAUCGCCAACUUUGACCUAAAGACUGUCCAGAAAAAAGACCUCGACUUCAUCGCACGAUUCCAACUAAAUUGCAACAAACAAGACUACGUACACGCUCUAGUUGCAUGGUUUGAUUGCAGCUUUGAUAACGGCCUGCACAAGCCAGUCACCUUCUCCACGGCACCUCAGGCUCAGUACACACACUGGAAACAAACUGUAUUCUACGUUCGUAACUCUCUCCCCUGCAAAAUACAGGAACAACUCACCGGCAUCAUAGCCGUUAAGAAGGGAACACCCAAUCCAAGAACCAUUAAUGUCCGAAUCAAACUCGAUUUUGAAGGACAAGUCAUGCAAUCACACACGGAUCAAGUUUACUAUAUCAGGUAG